AUGGCCUUGCUGGGGAAGCGCUGUGACGUCCCCACCAAUGGCUGUGGGCCUGACCGCUGGAACUCCGCCUUCGCCCGCAAAGACGAGAUCAUCACCAGCCUUGUGUCUGCCUUAGAUUCCAUGUGCUCGGCGCUCUCCAAGCUGAACGCAGAGGUGGCCUGUGUCGCUGUGCAUGAUGAGAGCGCCUUCGUGGUGGGCACCGAGAAGGGCAGAAUGUUUCUGACCGCGCGGAAGGAGCUGCAAUCAGACUUCCUCAGGUUCUGCCGAGGACCCCCAUGGAAGGAGCCGGAGGCAGAGCACCACAAGAGGGUGCCUCGGGGUGAGGUUGGCGGCCGGAACAUCCCUCGGUCCACCCUGGAGCAUGGCUCAGAUGUGUACCUUCUGCGGAAGAUGGUAGAGGAGGUGUUUGAUGUUCUUUAUAGCGAGGCCCUGGGAAGGGCCAGCGUGGUGCCGCUGCCCUAUGAGAGGCUACUCAGGGAGCCUGGGCUGCUUGCCGUGCAGGGGCUGCCCGAGGGCCUGGCCUUCCGGAGGCCGGCUGAGUAUGACCCCAAGGCCCUCAUGGCCAUCCUGGAGCACAGCCACCGUAUCCGCUUCAAGCUCAAGAGGCCACUCGAGGAUGGCGGUCGGGAUUCAAAGGCCCUGGUGGAGCUGAACGGUGUCUCCCUGAUAACCAAGGGGUCUCGGGACUGUGGCCUGCAUGGCCAGGCCCCCCAAGGGGCCCCCCAGGACCUGCCCCCCAGCGCCACUUCCUCCUCCAUGGCCAGCUUCCUGUACAGCACUGCACUCCCCAACCACGCUGUGCGAGAGCUCAAGCAGGAGGUGCCCACCUACCCACUUGCCCCCAGCGACCUGGGCCUCAGCCGGCCUGGGCCUGAGUCCAAGACUCCCACUGCCCAAGACUUCUCUGACUGCUGUGGACAGAAGCCCACCGGGCCUGGUGGGCCUCUCAUUCAGAACGUCCAUGCCUCUAAGCGCAUUCUCUUCUCCAUUGUCCAUGACAAGUCAGAGAAGUGGGACGCCUUCAUCAAGGAAACCGAGGACAUCAACACGCUCCGGGAGUGCGUGCAGAUCCUGUUCAACAGCAGAUAUGCGGAAGCCUUGGGACUGGACCACAUGGUCCCUGUCCCCUACAGGAAGAUUGCCUGCGACCCGGAGGCUGUGGAGAUCGUGGGCAUCCCGGACAAGAUCCCCUUCAAGCGUCCCUGCACCUACGGGGUUCCCAAGCUGAAGCGGAUCCUGGAGGAGCGGCACAGUAUCCACUUCAUCAUUAAGAGGAUGUUUGAUGAGCGAAUUUUCACAGGGAACAAGUUUACCAAAGACCCCACAAAACUGGAGCCAGCCAGUCCGCCAGAGGACACCUCUGCAGAAGUCUCCCGUGCCACCGUUCUUGACCUGGCAGGGACUGCUCGGUCGGACAGGAGCGGGAUCUCUGAAGACUGUGGGCCAGGAACCUCCGGGGAGCUGGGCGGGCUGAGGCCCAUCAAAAUGGAGCCAGAGGAUCUGGAUAUCAUUCAGGUCACCAUCCCAGACCCGUCGCCAACCUCUGAGGAAAUGACAGAUUCGAUGCCCGGGCACCUACCCUCGGAAGAUUCUGGUUAUGGGAUGGAGAUGAUGACUGACAAAGGCCCCAGCGAGGACCUGCGGCCGGAGGAGCGGCCUAUGGAGGACGGCCACGGCGAUGUGAUCCGGCCCCUGCGGAAGCAAGUGGAGCUGCUCUUCAACACGAGAUACGCCAAGGCCAUUGGCAUCUCGGAGCCCGUCAAGGUGCCCUACUCCAAGUUCCUGAUGUACCCAGAGGAGCUGUUUGUGGUGGGGCUGCCUGAAGGCAUCUCCCUCCGCAGGCCCAACUGCUUCGGGAUUGCCAAGCUCCGGAAGAUCCUGGAGGCCAGCAACAGCAUCCAGUUCGUCAUUAAGAGGCCUGAGCUGCUCACCGAAGGAGUCAAAGAGCCCAUCACGGACAGCCAAGAAAAUUAUGAUGCCAGACUCUCCCGGAUCGACAUUGCCAACACGCUGAGGGAGCAAGUCCAGGAUCUGUUCAAUAAGAAAUACGGGGAAGCCUUGGGCAUCAAGUACCCGGUCCAGGUCCCCUACAAGCGCAUCAAGAGUAACCCCGGCUCGGUGAUCAUUGAGGGGCUGCCCCCGGGAAUCCCGUUCCGAAAGCCCUGCACCUUUGGUUCCCAAAACCUGGAGAGAAUCCUCGCGGUGGCUGACAAGAUCAAGUUCACAGUCACCAGGCCUUUCCAAGGACUCAUCCCAAAGCCUGAUGAAGAUGAUGCCAACAGACUCGGGGAGAAGGUGAUCCUUCGGGAGCAGGUGAAGGAGCUCUUCAAUGAGAAAUACGGUGAGGCCCUGGGCCUGAACCGGCCUGUGCUGGUCCCUUACAAACUGAUCCGGGACAGCCCAGACGCCGUCGAGGUCACAGGCCUGCCUGAUGACAUCCCUUUCCGGAACCCCAACACAUACGACAUCCACCGGCUGGAGAAGAUCCUGAAGGCCCGGGAGCAUGUCCGAAUGGUCAUCAUCAACCAGCUCCAACCUUUUGCAGAAAUCUGCAAUGACGCCAAGGUGCCAGCCAAAGACAGCAGCAUCCCCAAGCGCAAGAGGAAGCGGGUCUCCGAAGGGAACUCGGUCUCCUCUUCCUCCUCGUCUUCCUCUUCCUCGUCCUCCAACCCGGAGUCCGUGGCAUCCACCAACCAGAUCUCACUCGUGCAAUGGCCAAUGUACAUGGUGGACUAUGCCGGCCUGAACGUGCAGCUGCCGGGACCUCUGAAUUACUAGACCUCAGUGCUGAAUCAGGACCUCACUCAGAAAGACUAAAGGAAAUGUAAUUUAUGUACAAAGUGUAUAUUCGGAUAUGUAUCGAUGCCUUUUAGUUUUUCCAAUGAUUUUUACACUAUAUUCCUGCCACCAAGGCCUUUUUAAAUAAGUAAAAAAAAAAAAAAAAAAUUG